AUGGCCCAGGCCCCGCGGGCCGCCGCGCCCCCUCCCCCGGCCCCGCCGCCCCCUCCUCCGCCGCCCCCAGGGCCACGAGGGGCCCAGCUCCUCAAAGCGGCGCUGGAGCAGGCGGCCGCCGGGGAGCAGGACGGCGUGCGGGAGCUCUUGAGGCGCAGGAAGGCCAGUUUUAGCGAGCGUUUGAAGUGGCUUCUCCUGAACAACCCUGUCCCUUCUUUAAUCCAGGAGGGUCCCCAGUGUGGUCUGGUGGCCCUGUGGAUGGCAGGUGCGCUGCUCUCUCUGCCCACAGCCGUUUCCUUGGAGAAAAUUGUGCAGGUGGCCUUGGAACGGGGCUACACUGCUCAGGGGGAAAUGUUCUCAGCUGCUGACAUGGCGAAGCUGGCCGAGGGGGUGUUCCCCUGCAAAACAGAACUUCUUUCUGGAGGCCUGGAGGGGCAGAGCCAGGAAAGGAUCCUUCGGCAUCUCUGCACCGGCUUCCCAGUGCUGAUACCCUACGAUGAGGACUCCAAUCACGAGCCCUGCCUCAGGCGCGGCUACAAGGCUCACUGGGCCAUCGCUUCGGGAGCUCUCCUUGGCCUGAAGGGCGGCUUCCGGCUGCCUCCCUGCCAGGAGGAUGAGGAGAUCCCAGGGCUCUUCCACGCCGCCCCAGCGGCCGCCCCCCUCCCGCCCCUGGAGGCCGUGGCCGAGACGUAUCUGCUGUGCAAGCAGGGCAAGAGCUGCCGCUACCAGCUGUGGAGCUACGCUCAGGUACAGGGGAGCAACGCCCAGCUGACGGACUUCAGCCCCAAGCGGGCGGCCGACGGCAAGGUCUACGUUGUGCCCGCCGGGGGCGUGCGGGAGGGGCUGUGCGGAAAAGCCGUGCUGCUGUGGCCGGGGCCGCCGCAGGGCUCCCGUUCCUGCUGAGCAGGCGCAAGAGUGCAGGAGCGCAGACUGCUUCUUGGGCUAAAGGGUGAGCUCCGCCUCCAAAGUCUCACCUGGAAGGCGGAUAUCUGCGUGAGCAAAAGGCCCGUUUCCUGUCUGAGCAUGUGGAGGGUUCUGCCGAGGGCACCAGAGGUGCGCGCUAGCCACUCUUCCUGCCUGGCAGGACCAGGCCUUUCCUGCUCUAGAACCACAACAGCGGUGAAUCCCACGGACUGCGAAGGGCCAUGUUUGCAUCUGGGGUGACUGGGCCGUGCCACAGAUACCAGCCUGGCCGGUGCACGUAGGAAGAGUCAAUAGCCCUUCACUGCUGCAUUCCAGGAAUAGCACGAGGCUUAAAAAGAAGUCUGGAAUUUCCUUCGUUUCAAAGCCAAGUUGGUUUGAGGCCAAUAACUUUUUCUGGAAUAAGUUACUUGUGGGGGUGAGGGAGAGAGGUAAGCUUAUACUCCAAAGUGUCUGUUAGAUCCAGUGUUGUUGCCAAAACUACCUUAAAAGUGUGAGGCGCUCUCUG